CUUGGAAGAGGAGAGAGCCAACAUUCUCUGCUGCUUCUCACCCCUCUCUGUUGCUUCUCUCCACUUCCUCACUUUACUGCAAGAGCUAGCAGAAAACUCUCCUCUGAUCACUUCAAACCCUCUCUUCCCCCUUCUCCAGCAAAAACCCGUAAAUUCCCUUUGGAAAACUACCCUGUUGCUUCUCUCCACUCCAUCACUUUCCCACACGAGCCCUCUCUUUCUCUUCUUAUCAUUUCUUCAUUCUAUUUCCCUUAUUCAUCUCCUGCUCUCUUCUCUCUCAGCUUGUCUGCAAACAAGCUGGUUGGGAGAUUUAGGCUGCAGAAGCACGAACAGUGAAGUAUAGAAGAGACAUAUACUAUUCUUGCUGAAUUGGACAGCUGAAGGAGGGAAAGCUGCACACUUUAUGAGCAUAUCACAUUUUCACCUUCAAUCACAAGACUCAUUGUAGAGAAAAGGACUUUCAAGAGAUAACAAGUAGGAAAUGAGUUGGUCGUUGAGUGAUAGUUUUUUUGUGAGCUCAAAGUUAGAGGUCUUCUCAGUAGACCUCUUUUCCGAACCAUUAGAAUUGACACAGAGCGAUGCUGUAAUCUACGAUGGGCCGGAGGGUGAUGAUUUCAAGAGGUUCUUACGUUCUAAGAACAUUCGAGUAAAUCGUCAGGGAAAGGCUAUUAUACGCGUCCAAAAGCAUGACGGCGAUGGUGAAAUCCUUGAAUGUCACUAUGAUACCUUCGUUCUAGAAACAGUGGUUCCAUUGGGCCCUUUCGGUUUUCCAAACAUACCAUUACCGAAGCCACAAGUGGUGAACGAAUUGCAAAGCCUCCUGGACAAUACAAACGCUGAAUUGGUGAAGAAGAAUGAUGAGCUUAAUGAGUCACAAAGUCUCUUGUACAGUACCAAGGCUGAAUUGGAGAAGAAGAAUGAUGCGCUUCAUGAAUCGCAAAGCCUCCUAGACAUUACCAAAGCUGAAUUGGUGAAGAAAAAUGAUGCACUUAAAGAAUUGCAAAGCCUCUUGGACAAUACCAAGGCUGAUUUGGCAAAAAAGAAUGAUGCGCUUAAUGAGUUAAUGAAGCGAAAGAUUGAUUGUGCUUUAUCGGAUUUUCUAUAGAGAUUUUUUUUGUUUUUUAUUUUUUUUUGUUUUUUUACUGUCUUGUUAAUUAAAAUCAUAAAAAUGAUUGACCAGUACAGCUUGAAUUGAAUGGUUGCACUAUUGUUUACUUAGCUUGGAUAGUACCUCUAUGCAUGCCCAUCCUCCUGGUUGAAUAUAUGAAAAUAAGGGCAAGAGAUUGCUGCUUGGU